AUACAGAUCAUAUUAAAGGUGAAAUAUAGUGCAGCCAAAAAGACCCUAGAUAUUUUAUUAUGGUCUUUCACUGGACCUUUUACAUUCAGCGCCGGGACCGACAAAUGUAUACAGUAACCGAUUUCACCUGGUGAUCAGUUUUUCCAAUUUCCGGGGGUUGAUGAACGCACCCUUACUACAACUAGAAGACGGUAAUGGGAUUACCUCAAUACCAUGAAAGGGGAAAACGUAUCUAAUUUAGUGCGACGCAUGUGUGACGUGUGAUUUAUGAGGCAGAAUCUGGAGAGCCGCUGACCAGCAAAGUCGCAUUUCUGCCAGAUCUCUAAAUAAUGGAGUCCCAAGAAGCGAUAAAUCAGGAAAAUCACAAGCAUGCAAGGAAGGAGCGAAAGGAGCACUUGGGCCCCGCACACCGCUAUGUGAUCAACAUGCUGGCCCUCAGGCUGGGCUUGACACCGGCAGCGGUGGAACAAUUCAUUCUGGACUUUUCGUUGGCUCCUUUUGAUAAUUUUUUUGCCAUAAAUGGAAGCUCUACCCUUGCCUUCGUGUAUCAAGAGGCAAAGCAUCCUGGGAUAGAGUGUGGCCGUGCAAUUCCUGGUCCCCGGAAAGCACUGCGACUCGUCCACGCCAAUUUGACAAAGAAGCGCCUUACGGGCAUAUAUUGCACUUUCACUCGGGUCCGAGUGGACGUUGCUGUGACUGCAGACAACAUACAUCAGGAGACCUUUUUUUCCAUGUUUGAUGCCCGGGAUGGUUUCCAUAAAGCCAUCAAGAACAGCUUCAGCAACCUGUUGCCCAGUUUCCAAGCACUGCUAAAAAUUGACAAGUCAAAGCUCAGAGCCAAGAUUAAGCCAAACUUUGAACACAUCUUCAAGCACAGUUUGAUGGGCUUAGAUGUGAUCCAGAUGAGCUAUCAGAAUGUUAAACUGGCUGAGGCCAAGAAUGUUGAUUUCAGUAAACUGGCAUCAUUUGAAGAUAUGACGUUAGCAGCAGAAAACAGUGACCUGGUUAAACAGCUAGAGGGUAUCCUGAUACAGUGGUAUAAGCAAAUUGACCAGGUCCUGCUGGAGACUCAAGCGCUGAAGCAAGGUCUUGUGACGGACGGGCCGCUGAGCGAGCUAGAUUACUGGAGGCAGGCACUCUUGAAAUUCCACUCCAUCCUCAGUCACAUCAACGGCGCACAGUGCAAGGCAGUCAUAACCGUGCUCAGACUUAACCGUUCCAAAUCACUGAAGUUGUGGCCCAUGCUGGAGUCUAGGGUGACAGACAACUACAACGAGGCCAAGGAUAAUGUCAAGUUCCUGGACGCACUGGAGAAAGUAUGCCAGCCUCUUUAUACUAGCGACCCGGCCACCAUUGUGAAAAGCGUGCAGAACAUCAUUAACGCAGUUCAGAUGAUCCACAUGGUGUCACGGUACUAUCAUACCAGUCAAAAGAUAUCGUCCAUCUUCAUCAAAGUUACAAAUCAGAUGAUCAUAGCAUGCAGGCGAUACAUUUCCAACAAUGGCGCAGCAAUAUGGGACCAAGAUGUUCAAAAUGUUAUUAUGAAAAUACAGGAGUGCCUCGGUUUGUAUCGGGAGUAUGAGUCUUGCUUGGAGAAAACACAGGAAAAAGCAAAGGAAAUGCCAGGGCAGAGGCCCUUUGGGUUCUCGGAGAUGCACGUGUUGCGGAAGUUUGAGGUCUUUUGCAAGCGCCUCGAACAUAUCACUAAAAUAAUGUCAGUGUUCAAGACGUUCGAGUGUCUGGCAAAGUCCAACAUCGAGGGCAUUGAGACUCUGGCCGGUCAGUUCCGCAAAGUCUCGACCGACCUGAAGAACAAGCAGGCGGACGUGUUUGCGUCGAGGACGGUGGCAUUUGAAGCGGACUACGAGACAUUCAUGUCUCACAUUGGUAACCUGGAGGAGCAGCUCAAGGGAUUCAUGAACUCGAGCUUUGCCAAGUUCGACUCAUCCCAGCAAGCUCUCGGUGUAAUACAGCGAUUUCAGAAAUUAAACAUUCCCUGUCUAAAGGUGGAAAUGCCCACUGCUUUGGGUACUAUUCUCCAGCUCUAUGUCUCAGAAGUGGAGGCGGUGUUAAAGCUCUAUGAGAAGCAAAACGAAGACCCGCCUUUGGGUCGAAACAUGCCGCCUGUCUCGGGGAGGCUUCGCUGGGCCCGGCACCUCUACAAGAAAAUACACGAGCCCAUAUCGUACAUACGUGAGAACUCUGACAUCCUGACCACCCCUGAGGGGCGCACUGUGGUCAAAAUGUACAAUCAGACUACAGCCGUGUUGCAACGCUUCGAGUCGGACCACCACAAAGCUUGGACGACAGAAGUAUCAAAGUUGGAUUUUGCCUUGAAUACGACACUGUUGAUUCGCUGCACUGUAACGGGAAAGUACUUGGUCAACUUUGACCCAAAGAUAAGUGAGGCCAUUCAGGAGGCCAGCAGUUUGGUGAAGAUGGGCCUGGAUGUUCCCAAGCAGGCACUGCAUUUCCUCAAGGUGGAGGGCCGCUUGAAGACCUAUCAUCAUCGUCUUCACACCAUUUUGAUGGACUACAAGCUCACUUGUGACAACAUACCGGCGGACUUUACCAACCUGAUGACAUCAAAGACCACCCAAAUGGAGUCCUUGCUUCGCUAUGGGUCAGUGAUGGUCACGUGGUCAUCACUGCUUCUGGACAAGUACUUUAUAAAUAUUGACACUGCCUUGUCUGAACUCAAGACGAUCUUGAGUAAGGUGCAAGAGAUCUGUAAGUUUCACAUCGAUGAUUACCUGAAAGAGAUCUCGGAGACUGUUCUCAUCGAGCUGCCCGAAGAUCACGCCUCUGCAAUUGAGCCGCUUGUUAAACUCACUCAGAAUCUGUGCCAUAAGGUUGUCAAAAGACUAGAACACAAGUGCUAUCACGUGAAGGAAGCAGUGAACGAGUUGGGCAAAGUGUUCAAUGCCAUUUACAAGUCCAAGCAAACCAAAAAGGUCGCAGAUGGACACAGUGGUGGGCCGAAGGAGACCCAGAGAGCCUCUGACGCAACAUCAGAGGGCCAAGAGAAGUAUAAACAAACGCGCUUUGAAAAGGACUUCACAAAGCAGUACGACUCCUUCGGCACGAGGAUUUUAGAUGCACUGGUGGAAAUGACCAAAUUGUCUCUUAAGACCUUGGAGAGACGAGUCUGUGGCUCUGACUCUUUCCAGAAGAGGGCUGACUCCGGCUGGGUCCCUAUGAUGAAAUCUGAAGUGCAUCUGAAUGCACCCAAUGUGGUGAUGCUCCCCACUGUAGAUCAGAUUCAUCACGCCAUACAUGAAAUCAUUGAAUUUAUCUUGGAAGUCAGCAAGGGCAUUCAGUGCUGGGAGGUCGAGUACAGACAUGACAGCUCGUCGACUGAAGGUCGGGAGAAAUUGAACUUCUACAUUCGCGUUAAUAAGCACGAGGAUAUCAAAGCCGUCAUUUUCGCCUUGAAGUCGGCCCUGAAGUUGCAGAGGGACAAUGCCGCCACCGUUCUGGAUCGCUUCAAGAGAUUCAAGGAGCUGUGGAGCGACGACAAGGAGCGCGUCAUCAAGGCCUUCAUUGACAGCAAGCCAACCUUGAUAGAGAUCAAAGAUAAAUUGCAGCACUACGUCGUGUAUGAGAGCCAAAUUGAGGAAAUCCAGAACGUCAUCGUUGUCGGGAUGAUCGAACUGUCAACAAACCAUUUAAAGGAGUCCCUCAGGAUUGAGGCGAAGGCCUGGAAGAGGCUCCUGUGCAAACACCUGCGCAUUGAGUGCCGGAAGAACAUAAUCAACAUCAGCCUGCAAACUCACAGGAGCUUCACACAACUAUCACAUCCCAUUGCUAAUCUGGACGAUGUUCGCUGUGCCAUGAAGACGCUGGCCAACCUGCGGGAUUCUGAAAUAAACACAGACAUAACGCUGAUAUCCACUCAAGAUGCCUAUGAAGUGCUGAUCCUUUACGAAGCUGAAAUGACCGAGAAGGAACCGGGAGAGGUGUACGGACUGGGCCGUUUCUUCACCAGGCUUCUGUCUAAAGCUAUGUCCGUUCAGGAUCAGCUUUUCCGCAUGCAGCCCAGCCUCAAGCAGGACCUGAUGGAACGCGUCGGCGUCUUUGAAAAAGAUGUCGGCACUUUCAUGGAUGACUACGAUAUGGAAGGGCCAAUGGUUGAAGGAAUAGAACCGAAAGAAGCCAGCCGCAGGCUCCAGACCUUCCAGGCCAGGUUUUCCGAGCUGUGGCGAAAUUUCACCACCUACAACUCCGGCGAACAGCUCCUCGGCCUGCCUGUCUCUGAUUAUGAGUGCCUUCAAAAUAAAAAGAAAGAACUGGACCUGCUUCAGAAGCUCUACGGCCUGUAUGACACUGUGAUGAAGACCAUCAGCGGUCACUCCAAGCUCCUGUGGACACAAGUGGAUAUCGAGAAAAUCAAUAAUGAGCUCAUGGACUUUCAGAACAGGUGCCGGCGUCUUCCCAAGGCACUGAAGGAGUGGCAGGCUUUCAUGGACCUAAAGCAGACCAUCGAUGACUUCAACGAGCUGUGUCCUCUGCUCGAGAUGAUGACCAACAAGUCCAUGAUCCGCAGGCACUGGGAUCAAAUCUCCAACCUGACCGGCCACGAGUUCGAGGUUGAGUCACCCACUUGCACCCUGGACAACAUCAUGGAGGCGCCACUGCUGAAGUACAAGGACGACAUCGAGGACAUCUGCAUAUCCGCCGUGAAAGAGAGGGACAUCGAGGCCAAGUUGUCCGGUGUGAAGGCGGUGUGGCAUGACCAAAACCUGACGCUGAUGGACUUCAAAGACAGGGGCGAGCUCAUGCUGCGAGGCGGCGACACCACAGAAAUUCUCACCACUCUGGAGGACAGUCUGAUGGUGCUGGGCUCGCUGCUCAGCAACCGAUACUGCACGUUCUACAAAGCUGAGAUCCAGGAUUGGGUAUCCAAGCUGUCCACGUCAACAGAUGUCAUUGAGCAGUGGGUCAUCGUGCAAAACCUUUGGAUUUACUUAGAGGCCGUGUUUGUCGGGGGCGACAUCGCCAAAGAUCUGCCUCAGGAAGCAGAGCGCUUUCAGCAAAUUGACUCAACGUGGAUCAACAUCAUGCAGCGGGCACGGGACGUCCCGAAUGUGGUGGAGUGCUGUGUUGGGGAUCCAAUGUUGGGGGAGAUCCUGCCAGAUCUUCAGAAGCAAUUGGACUUUUGUCAGAAGUCACUCACAGGGUACCUCGAGAAAAAACGUCUCCUGUUCCCACGGUUCUUCUUCGUGUCUGAUCCUGCGCUCCUGGAAAUCCUCGGACAAGCGAGCGAUUCUCACACAAUUCAGUCGCAUCUUCUCGGAGUGUUUGACAAUGUCAAUGAAGUGGAGUUUGAUGUCAAUGAAUACGACAGCAUUUUGGCUGUCUUGUCUCAAGAAGCGGAGAAACUGCCGCUGGACAAACCCGUCUUGGCUCAGGGUCCUGUGGAGCUCUGGCUUGGGAAGUUAUUGGUGGAGCAGCAGUCAUCGUUGCACACCGUCAUCAAGGCGGCUGAUGAUGUGAUCAACGACGAAGACUUUGAGCUCAUACCUUUUCUUGACAAGUUCCAAGCGCAGGUGGGCCUGCUUGGAAUCCAAAUGCUCUGGACAAGGGACUCAGAGGAGGCCCUUGAAAAUGCCGAAUUCAGCAAGGAGGUGAUGAUCUUCACCAAAAAGAAAUUCUUGAACCUCCUCCGAAUGCUCAUCAAGCAGACCACCUACGACUUGACCAAAUUUGACAGGGUCAAGUACGAGACUCUGGUCACCAUCCACGUGCACCAGAGUGACAUCUUUGAAGAGCUGGUGGCAAAAUCAGUCAAAUCUACCAAUGACUUUGAGUGGCUGAAGCAAAGCAGGUUUUACUACAAUGACGGCAUUGACAAGGUCAUCGUGUCCAUCACCAAUGUCGACUUUAUUUAUCAGAACGAGUUCCUCGGCUGCACCGACCGUCUCGUCAUCACCCCACUGACAGACAGGUGUUACAUUACGCUGUCCCAGGCCCUGGGCAUGAGCAUGGGGGGAGCCCCCGCUGGGCCAGCAGGCACAGGAAAGACAGAGACCACGAAAGACAUGGGUCGCUGCUUAGGAAAGUAUGUGGUGGUCUUCAACUGCUCUGACCAAAUGGACUUCAGGGGGCUUGGCAGGAUUUACAAAGGCCUUGCACAGUCUGGCUCAUGGGGCUGCUUUGAUGAAUUCAACAGGAUCGACCUGCCGGUGUUGUCUGUGGCCGCUCAGCAAAUUUACAUUGUUCUGGUCGCUCGCAAGACACACAAACCUACUUUUGUCUUCACGGACGGUGACGUAGUUGACCUGAAUCCAGAGUUUGGGCUUUUCAUCACUAUGAACCCCGGUUAUGCCGGUCGUCAGGAACUUCCUGAGAACUUGAAAGUGCAGUUCAGGACAGUCUCCAUGAUGGUGCCUGAUCGACAGAUCAUCAUGAGGGUCAAGCUGGCCAGUUGCGGAUUCAAUGAGAAUGUCCUCCUAGCUCAAAAAUUCUUUGUUCUUUAUAAACUUUGUGAGGAGCAACUCACAAAACAGGUGCAUUAUGACUUUGGCCUGAGGAACAUCCUGUCCGUGCUAAGGACACUGGGAGCCUGCAAGAGAGCGCGGCCCGAGGACUCAGAGUCCAGCACGGUCAUGAGAGUGUUGCGUGACAUGAAUUUGUCGAAACUGGUGGAUGAGGACGAACCUCUCUUCCUCAGUCUCAUCAAUGACUUGUUCCCUGGCAUCAAGCUGGACAACAGCACCUACAAUGAACUGCAGGCUGCAGUGAAGAAUCAAGUUGACCUUGCUGCCUUAGUUAACCACCCCAACUGGAACCUAAAACUGGUUCAGCUCUACGAGGCUUCCCUCGUGCGCCACGGCCUGAUGACGCUGGGGCCGAGCGGGGCGGGUAAGACGGCUGUCAUCAACAUCCUUAUGCGAGCGCUGACAGAGUGUGGAACACCACACAGGGAGAUGCGCAUGAACCCUAAGGCCAUCACCGCGCCGCAGAUGUUUGGCCGGCUCGACGCUGCCACCAAUGACUGGACUGACGGUAUCUUCUCCACGCUGUGGAGGAGGACGCUAAAGGCCAAGAAAGGAGAGAUCAUAUGGAUCGUAUUGGAUGGUCCUGUGGACGCCAUCUGGAUUGAAAACCUCAACUCCGUGCUGGAUGACAACAAAACCCUUACCCUGGCCAACGGUGACCGUAUCACCAUGUCGCCAGCUUGCAAGCUCGUGUUCGAGGUGCACAACAUCGAGAAUGCCUCUCCGGCCACCGUGUCACGUGUCGGUAUGGUCUUCAUGAGCUCCUCGGCUCUGAGCUGGGAACCCAUCCUCAAGGGAUGGACAAACAAGCGUAACGCUGAAGAAGCCGAGAACAUCAUUAAUCUGUAUGGCAGGAUAUUUUGGGACGUGUAUUCAUACAUGAGGCAGAACCUCAAACCCAAGAUGCCGUUUUUGGAGUGUAACUACAUCAUGCAGUCUUGCAAUCUGCUGGAGGGCCUCAUCCCAACCAAGCAGAUGGGGGGCCUGGUCAGCGACAAACACUUGGAGCGUCUCUUCGUCUUUGGUCUGAUGUGGAGUCUGGGGGCCCUUUUGGAGUUGGACGACCGGGACAAAAUGGAGGCUUUUUUCCGGGAGCACAGCAGCAACAUUGAUUUGCCUCGCACCAUGGAGGGAGAGACUAUGUUUGAAUACAUGGUCGGGACAGAUGGUCAGUGGUGUCACUGGAACGAACAUGUAGGGGAGUACGAGUAUCCCACAGAUCACGUACCGGACUACUCUUCCAUCCUUGUGCCCAACGUAGAUAACACCAGGACCGCUUUUUUGCUGGAAACUAUUGCUAAGCAGUACAAGGCCGUCUUGCUCAUCGGUGAGCAAGGGACUGCCAAGACGGUGAUGAUCAAAAGCCACGCCAAGAAGUUUGACCCCGAGACGGACCUCUUUAAGUCACUCAACUUCUCCUCUGCCACAGAACCCAUCAUGUUUCAGCGCACUGUGGAGAGCUAUAUCGAGAAGAGAAUCGGCAGCACGUACGGACCGCCGGGCGGGCGCAGGAUGUCGGUCUUUGUUGAUGACAUCAAUAUGCCUCUUGUCAACGAAUGGGGAGAUCAGAUCACCAAUGAGAUAGUCCGGCAAAUGAUGGAGAUGGGCGGUAUGUACAAUCUGGACAAACCCGGUGACUUCAUCACCAUUGUGGACGUCCAAAUGCUGGGGGCCAUGAUCCACCCUGGCGGCGGGCGAAAUGACAUUCCGCAGAGGCUCAAGAGGCAGUUCACCGUCUUCAACUGCACGCUGCCUUCCAAUACUUCCAUUGACAAAAUCUUCGGUGUGAUCGGCUGUGGCUACUUCCACGAGUGCAGGAAGUUCAAGGAAAAUAUAACAGCCAUGGUGAAGAAGCUCGUGUCAGCUGGCCGGGUUUUGUGGCAGUGGACCAAGACAAAGAUGCUGCCCACGCCCUCCAAGUUUCACUACAUCUUCAACUUGCGAGACUUGUCCAGGAUCUGGCAAGGAAUGUUGAAGGUGGAGGCCGAGCAAUGCAACGACUUCAAGACCCUCGUGGCCCUCUUCAAGAGCGAAUGCACCCGCGUCAUCGCUGACAGGUUCAUUUGCCCCGAGGACAAAGACUGGUUUGAGAGCUCUGUAGGCCGCGUUGUCAAAGAGCACGUCGACCCCAGCCUCGUCGCGUCGAUCCACAAGGAUCCAUACUUUGUUGACUUCCUGAGAGAGGCGCCCGAACCGACUGGCGAGGAGGAUGAAAACGCCUCUUUCGAUGCCCCCAAAAUUUACGAGCUCGUCCCCACGUUUCAAUUCCUAGAGGAGAAGCUACGGUUCUAUCAGGCAAAGCACAAUGACGAAGUGAGAGGCUCUCACAUGGACUUGGUUUUCUUCACGGAUGCCAUGACUCACCUCGUCAAGAUCUCACGCAUCAUUCGCACGGAUACUGGCAAUGCCCUUCUCGUGGGUGUGGGAGGAUCUGGGAAACAGAGUUUGACUCGUCUUGCCUCGUACAUAGCCGGAUACGAAGUCAACCAGAUCACACUGACCAAGUCUUACAAUAUAUCUAAUUUCAUGGAAGAUCUAAAAAAGUUGUACAAAUCAAGUGGGGCCGAAGGGCGCGGUAUCACCUUCCUUUUUACUGAUAAUGAAAUAAAACAGGAAGCCUUCCUCGAGUACCUGAACAAUGUUCUGUCGUCUGGAGAGGUCUCCAACCUUUUCGCAAAGGAUGAGAUCCAAGAGAUUACCCAAAACCUUAUUCCGGUAAUGAAAAAGGAAUUUCCUCGCAUUCCGCCCACUUUUGACAACCUUUACGACUACUUCAUAUCACGGGCGCGAAAGAACCUGCACGUUGUGUUGUGCUUCUCGCCGGUGGGACCAAAGUUUCGCUCUCGGUCUCUGAAGUUCCCGGGCUUGAUAUCUGGCUGCACAAUGGACUGGUUUGCCCCAUGGCCCGAGGAGGCCCUGGUGGCCGUGGCUCAUCACUUCCUCUCCGAAUUUCCCAUUGUUUGCACACCAGAGGUGAAAGCUUCCAUGGUGACCACCAUGGGCGUGUACCAUCGCAAAGUGUCGGAGACGUGCGAAAGCUACUUCGAACGAUUCAGGAGGAGAACUCACGUCACCCCCAAAUCGUACCUCUCAUUCAUCAAUGGCUACAAGACGCUCUACCAUCAAAACCACGAGCACAUUAACACGCUCGCCCAGCGCAUGAAUGUUGGGUUGAACAAACUGAUGGAGGCCAGCGUGUCCGUAGCUAAACUCUCCAAAGAGCUGGAAGUCAGUGAGAAAGAAUUGGUGGUGGCCUCUGCCAAGGCUGACAAGGUGUUAGCCGAGGUGAUGGUCCGAACCGAGGCGGCCACCAUAAUCAAGAAUGAGGUCCAGACCGUGAGCGACAAAGCCCAGAUGAUCGUGGAUGAAAUCACGCAGGAGAGGGCAAUUGCUGAGGAAAAACUGGAGGCAGCCAAGCCCGCAUUACAGGAGGCUGAAAAUGCACUGAACACCAUCAAGCCUGCUGAUAUUGCCACUGUGAGGAAAUUGGCCAAGCCACCACACCUGAUCAUGAGGAUCAUGGACUGCUGCCUGCUGUUGUUCCAAAGAAAGUUGGAGACUGUCACAAUGGAUCCCAACCUGCCCUGUAUCAAGCCAUCAUGGCCCGAUGCUCUCAGGCUAAUGGGCAGCACAGGCUUCUUGGGGUCGCUGCAGCAGUUCGUCAAGGACAAGAUCAACGAGGAGACGGUGGAGUUGUUGCAGCCCUACUUCGAUAUGGAGGACUACACCAUGGAAAACGCGAAGAAGGUGUGCGGCAGUGUGGCCGGUCUGCUCGCGUGGACCAGGGCGAUGGCCACCUUCUAUGACAUCAACAAGGAAGUGCUGCCGCUCAAGGCUAAUCUGGCGGUUCAGGAAGUGCGCUACAAAAAAGCCAGCGCUGAGCAAAUGGCAGCUCAGGCCACACUGGCCGAAAAGGAAGCCGAGCUGGCCCUGGUGCAAGCGAAAAGCGACGCUGCAAGCAAAGAGAAGCAGGAAUUGGUGGAUCGUUCCGAAAUGUGUAAGAACAAAAUGCAGGCCGCCUCAGAUCUAAUCGGCGGGCUGAGUAAUGAGAAAGUUCGCUGGACCCAACAAAGCAAAGAAUUUAAAUCUCAGAUCAAGAGGCUGGUGGGCGACGUCCUGCAGCUUACCGGUUUCCUGUCAUACUGCGGCCCCUUCAACCAGAAUUUCCGCGACAUGUUGCUGGACAUGUGGAAAAGUGAUCUCAUAUCCAACAAUAUCCCAUUCACGGAAAACCUCAACCUGAUCUCCACGUUGGUGGAUGCUCCCACGAUCAGCGAGUGGAAUCUUCAGGGCCUGCCCGGAGAUGACCUGUCAGUGCAGAACGGCAUCAUCGUCACUAAAGCGUCAAGGUAUCCGCUCCUGGUCGAUCCCCAGACUCAAGGAAAGACUUGGAUCACCGCAAAAGAAAAGGCCAAUUCCCUGCAGCUGACAUCCCUCAACCACAAGUUCUUUCGUACGCAUUUGGAGGACUCCAUCUCCUUGGGGAGGCCGCUACUUAUUGAGGAUGUGGGCGAGGAGCUGGACCCCGCCCUUGACAACGUCCUGGAGAAAAAUUUCUUCAAAUCUGGCUCCAACUACAAGGUGAAAGUGGGAGACAAGGACGUGGAUGUGUCCAACAACUUCCGACUUUACAUUACCACCAAACUGCCAAAUCCGUCGUACACUCCGGAGGUGAGCGCCAAGACGUCCAUCAUUGACUUCACUGUCAACAUGAAAGGCCUGGAGGACCAGCUGCUGGGUCGUGUCAUCCUCGCUGAGAAGAAGGAACUAGAGAACGAGAGGCUGAAGCUGAUUGAGGAUGUGACCUCCAACAAGAGGAAGAUGCAGGAGCUGGAGGACAACCUGCUCUACAAACUGAGCACCACGAAAGGUUCCUUGGUGGACGAUGACUCCAUGAUUGGCAUUUUGAGCACGACCAAGCAAACGGCUGCCGAGGUUAGCGUCAAGCUGAACAUUGCGGCUGAGGCGGAGGAGAAAAUCAAGGCGGCUCAGUCCGAAUAUCGGCCGGUGGCGUGCCGAGGCAGCAUCCUUUACUUCCUCAUCACCGAAAUGAGCAUGGUCAACGUCAUGUACCAGACUUCCCUCAGUCAGUUCCUCAAAAUCUUCGACAUUUCGCUGGCCAGAUCGGAGAAGUCAGCCAAAACGUCCAAACGAAUCGCCAACAUCAUCGAAUACUUGACGUAUGAAGUCUUCCGGUACACGGUGCGCGGACUGUAUGAAAACCACAAGUUCAUCUUCACGAUGCUCAUGGCCCUUAAGAUCGACCUGCAGAAUGGCAGGAUACAACACAGCCAAUUUCAGAUUCUCAUCAAAGGCGGCGCUGCACUCGACCUGAAGGCCUGCCCCCCGAAACCCUUCAACUGGGUGCUUGACAUUGUGUGGCUGAACCUCGUGGAACUCAGUAAACUUCCUCAGUUUGCCAACAUCCUCAAUCAGGUGGGUAAAAGUGGAAAACACUGGAAAGUGUGGGCCAACGGCGAUGCCCCGGAGGAAGCUGUCAUCCCAGAUGGUUACAACAACCUGGACGUCUUCAACAAACUCAUGCUUAUUAGGUCCUGGUGUCCAGAUCGCACCUUGGCUCAGGCCAGGAAGUACGUGGGUGACUCCAUGGGCGACAGGUUUGCUGAGCCUGUCCUGCUGAACCUGCUGGGCACGUGGGAGGAGAGUGACAUCCGCACGCCGCUCAUCUGCUUCCUCUCAAUGGGCUCGGAUCCCACCAACCAAAUAGAAGCGCUCGCCAAGAAGCUCAAUAUCGGAUGUAAGUCGAUCUCCAUGGGGCAAGGGCAAGAGGUCCAUGCGAGGAAGCUUGUUAAUAGCUCAAUGGCGGAGGGAGGCUGGGUGCUCCUGCAGAACUGUCACUUGGGCCUGGAGUUCAUGGAUGAGUUGUUGGAGACCGUCACUGUCACAGAGACUGUGCACAAAACAUUCAGGGUGUGGGUCACCACCGAACCGCAUGACCUCUUCUCCAUCACGCUGCUACAGUCUUCCAUCAAGUUUACCAACGACCCACCGCAGGGACUUCGCGCCAGCUUGAAGCGAACCUUUGUAAGCAUCUCACAAAACCAGCUGGAAGUCAGCAACCUGCCGACGUGGAAGCCGCUGCUGUACGGCGUGGCUUUUCUCCACUCUGCUGUUCAGGAACGGCGUAAAUUUGGACCGCUGGGAUGGAACAUACCGUACGAGUUCAAUUCUGCGGACUUCACAGCCAGCGUGGAGUUUGUAGAGAGACACCUGGAUGACUGCGGACCCAGAAAGGAUGUCUCCUGGGUGACUCUGCGCUACAUGCUAGCCGAAGUGCAGUACGGAGGCAGGGUCACUGACGACUAUGACAAACGCCUGCUCAAAUGUUUUGCCCGGGUGUGGUUCAGUAAGAAAAUGUUGGACCCGUCCUUCUGCUUCUACACGGAGUACCAAAUCCCGAUAUGUAAGACCAUCGACGAGUACGUGGACUACAUCCAAGGCUUGCCCGCCGUGGACUCCACGCAAGCACUGGGGUUGCACCCCAACGCUGACAUUGUCUGUCAUCCCAGAUGGUUAAACAUCUUCCUACGCCAGGAGGUGGACCGCAUGCAGAGGAUUAUCGCUGUGGUGCGCACCACUCUUCAGGAUCUCAAGCUGGCCAUCGAGGGCACCAUCAUCAUGAGCGAGAACCUCCGUGACGCCCUGGACAACAUCUUUGAUGCCCGUGUGCCAAAUCUUUGGAGGAAGCUCUCAUGGGAGUCCACAACACUCGGGUUCUGGUUCACCGAGCUCCUGGACAGGAACAGACAGUUUCACAGCUGGGUGUUUUCCCGACGGCCCAAAACGUUUUGGAUGACAGGUUUUUUCAACCCUCAGGGUUUCCUCACUGCGAUGAGGCAAGAGGUGACGAGGGCACACAAAGGCUGGGCUCUGGACUCGGUCACACUGAACAACAAAGUCUUGAAGAAGACCAAGGAGGAGAUCAAGGCCGAUCCAGAGGAAGGUGUGUUCGUUCACGGCCUGUUCCUGGAGGGCGCUGACUGGGACAAGAAGCACUCGGUCCUCUGCGAGUCGGCCCCCAAAGUGCUCUUUACGCCCUUGCCCGUCAUCCACAUGUUCGCCAUCAACUCCACCGCACCCCCCGACCCCAAGUUCUAUGUGUGUCCCAUUUAUAAGAAACCCAAGCGUACCGACCUCAAUUACAUCACCGCCGUGAUAUUGGGCACCAGUCACCCGCCCGACCACUGGAUCAUGCGAGGCGUCGCCCUCCUCUGCGAUAUCAAAUGAGAGCGUCGAUUGUCUCGCUGUUUGUUGUCAGCUUGUUUUAUUAAAUAUAGUAUAUAGUCAUCCAACUGCUCAUCUUUAUUAUUAUAAAAAUUAUUAGAUGGGGGGGGAGCAAGAAUUCU